CUGAAAUUAGAUUCGUUUUUGGAACAUGCCUCGGUUAACAAACUUUUCGUUAGCUAAACACAAACGUGCAUUUGGCUACAGGCCAGACCCCCAUCGUUACAAAAUAUGGAAUGCACCGUUUAUUUUAGACAACAAGAUUAAAGCAAAAGAGGACAGAUUAUCAUCAGGGCGACCAUGUACAGAUGCACUGAAGGAUAUGCUGGACUGCUAUAAAAUGCAUGAUUUCAAAUACAAAGGGCUAUGUGAUGGACAAAUUCAAGCUUUUGAUAAAUGCAUGGCAGACUUCAAGAAAAGUCAGGCUGAGAGUGGUGAUGCUUUUAAAUCCCGACCAAAACCAAGGGCCAUUAACAAGCUAUUGCAGAAAUAUCCACAACCGCCAGUCACUAUUAAGCUAAAAUAUUGACCAAUAGAGUUUUGCUGGUGAUUGAUUUUUGCCGCCUAUGAUGUUUUUGUGACUUGACCAUUAAAUGGUAGUAGGUGAUGUGUGUACACACUCUGCGGUGGAUUAAAAUCUUCGUACAACGAUGUCAUUCUGGCUCUCUUUGACCAUAGGAUUUCACAGAGUUCACGAAAUGAAAUUCACAGAGAAAAUUAUCAAUGCUUAUUCAUGCCAAGUGGUGGUAGAAACUAAGACCUACAUAGAACAUACUCUAUAGGGUUACUGUCUUGUACAUGCCUCUGUCUGACUUGGUAAAUAAGAAGUGUUUUGAUAACAUAGUCACAUUUCUACUGUAUACUGUUUUGAAUGAAAUCAUGAACUGGAAAUGAAAUAAAGUCAGAUAUCUAUAUAUAUAUA